AUGAAGUCCUUUAGUAAUAAUAGUAAUAAUAAUAAUAUUGAUAAUAAUAGUAAUAAUAAUAAUAGUAAUAAUAAUAAUAUAUCUUCGGGGAAAAGUAGUACAAUAUCAAUAUCAAGAUUAUUCAAAAAUUCAUUUAGACGGAAAGGUACUGCUGAUAUUGAACAGACGGAUUUGGUAAAUAACAGCAGCAAUAAAGAAAAUAUUGUGUCUCCGCAAGCGGUACAUUUAAUGGAUCAACAUCCUGACCAUAUUCCUCAUUCAAAAUUGUCGGGUGAUUCACCACUCUCAGCUUCUCAAAGUAUUAAUAAUAUUAACAACGGUAAUGACAAGGGUGCUAAUGAUAGUAAUAAUAAUAUUCAUGAUUUAAACAGAAAAGAUAAGAAAUCAAAAAAAUUGCAAGGUUUUAUGAUAGGUUCAAAAUCUUAUGAAAAUUAUACAAAAAGUUAUAACGGCUCUACUAACUCCUUAAGAAAUGAUAGUGCAGACUACUCGCCUUCAAAUACUGCAUUCUCAUCGUCAACAUAUAUACCCAAGGAAAUAUUGAAUUCAAGUAUCAGUUCUUUCAAUGAAGUGAGAGAAUAUCAAGAAUUCCAAGAAAAUCUAUCAGAUAAAGAUAGAUUUAGAUAUUCAAAUUCCACAGAUAAUGACCUUCAAUUUCCUGGUAUUAUGAUAGAUUAUAAUGAUGAUAAAGCCAUUCAAGAUGAAAUAAUUGAAUCGGCAUCGGUUCAAAGUAAAGAUUUUCUCAAUGAUUCUAAAUCUUUAGAUCAAAAUAUUGAACGUUCAAACGAGAACAAGUUCAGUAAAAGUAGUUCACAAAAUGAAUUGUACCUUCAUAGAUCAAAACUAUUGGAAUCAAAACCUUAUAGCAAAAGGUUUUGUGAUACAAAAGUUGGCCCUGAAUCUUUCGAGAAAGUUAAACUAUUAGGUCAAGGUGAUAUCGGAAAAGUCUACCUAGUAAAGUAUACCAAAACUAACAGAUUGUACGCAUUAAAAGUUUUAAGUAAAUCAGAGAUGUUAAAAAGAGAUAAAGUUAGAAGAAUAUUAACCGAACAAGAAAUAUUAGCAACAAGUGUACAUCCUUUUAUUGUUCCACUGUAUCACUCAUUUCAAACUGAUAAAUACAUUUAUUUAUGUAUGGAAUAUUGUAUGGGUGGUGAAUUUUUUCGUGCAUUACAAACAAGACAAAGAAAAUGCAUCUGUGAAGAAUCUGCUAGGUUUUAUACUAGUGAAGUUGUAGCAGCAUUGGAGUAUUUGCAUUUAUUAGGUUAUAUUUACAGAGACUUGAAACCAGAAAAUAUUUUAUUGCAUAGUUCAGGUCAUAUAAUGCUUGCAGAUUUCGAUUUAUCAAUUAAAGCAAAAAGUACCAAGCAACCGGUAUUUAAAAAGAUUGCUCAAGGCGCACUCAUCGAUACUAAAGUUUGUUCAGAAGGUUUCAGAACAAAUUCUUUUGUUGGUACGGAAGAAUACAUUGCACCAGAAGUUAUUAGAGGAAAUGGACAUACAACAGCUGUCGAUUGGUGGACACUUGGGAUUUUAUUAUUUGAAAUGUUAUAUGGGUUUACACCUUUUAAAGGUGAUAAUACAAAUGAAACUUUUGGUAAAAUUUUGAAAGAACCUGUAAAGUUUCAAAGCAAUGUUGACGUUUCUAAAACUUGUAGAGACCUUAUUAAAAAAUUGUUAAUAAAGAAUGAAACAAAACGAUUAGGUUCGAAUCUUGGUGCAGCUGAUAUUAAAUCGCAUCCGUUCUUUAAAAAUACCCAAUGGUCUUUCCUUAGAAACCAAGAACCUCCUCUUUUGCCAGUUCUAACAAAUGAAGGCUUUGAAUUUAAAAAGAAUGAAGCAGAUGAAGGUGGAAAAAAUAAAUUCAACGACUAUCGUUCAGGAAGUGAUGGGGAAGAUUCUAUUUUUGAAGGAAAGGUACAACAUGAUGAUAAUAUAGGGAAAAAUGAUCCUUUUCAUGACUUUAAUUCAAUGACACUUCUUAAGGACGAUUCCACUUCUAUGAUAUACAAAGAAUUCGACCCAUAUGGAGUAAUAUUUUACAAGCAAAAUUCAACUGCUGUACAGCAUACCUCCAAGAGUUUUUUUAGUAGAUCAUGA